AUGAAGGUGGCCUCGGGCACUUUGUUCAACGUGGACGGAAAGACAGGGUACUUCGCUGGAACGAACUCCUACUGGAUCGGCUUCCUGACAAAUAACGCUGAUGUGGACUUGGUUAUGGCCCACCUACAGACUAGCGGCCUCAAGAUCCUGCGAGUUUGGGGUUUCAACGAUGUGAAUAACACCCCGGGCUCUGGAACCGUCUGGUAUCAGAGCCUCAGCGGCUCGACUCCUACGAUCAAUACGGGAGCCAAUGGCUUGCAGCGCUUAGACUACGUCGUCAAAUCUGCAGAAGCCCACGGCAUCAAGUUAAUCAUCAACUUUGUCAACAACUGGGAUGACUAUGGAGGAAUCAAGGCAUACACAAACUAUUAUGGCGGCUCGCACACGACUUGGUACAUCAACACUGCCGCACAGGCCCAGUAUCGAACAUAUAUCAAGGCCGUCGUCAGCCGCUACAUCACAAGCACUGCAAUUUUUGCCUGGGAACUAGCCAAUGAGCCUCGUUGCUCGGGAUGUAGCACUGAUGUGAUCUACAAGUGGGCUGCAGAUACCUCGGCUUACAUCAAAUCACUUGAUUCCAACCAUAUGGUGACUCUUGGAGAUGAGGGUUUCAACCCGUCGGCCGGAGACGGUAGCUAUCCUUACCAGACUGGUGAAGGCGUCUCGUUCGUCAAGAAUCUCGGUAUCUCUACUCUUGAUUUCGCAACCUACCACAUGUACGCUUCAUCCUGGGGUGUUUCCGAGUCGACAUUCCCGACGGGUUGGAUUCAAUCACAUGCGGCAGCCUGUGUUACUGCCAAGAAACCAUGUCUCUUCGAAGAGUAUGGAACAACGAAUUCACACUCGAUCGAAGCAAACUGGCAGAGCACUAGCUUGAACACCGCAGGCAAUGGCGCAGAUUUGUUCUGGCAAGAUGGUGACAGUCUGAGUACUGGUCAGUCGCCGAAUGACGGUUAUACGAUUUACUACGGGACGAGUGAGUGGAACACGUUGGUUACACAGCACGUGCAAGCUAUUCGUGCAAAGUAUCCGUAA